AUAAACAGAUAGUGAGCCGCCAUAACCAGAAGAAAUAAGCCGUAAGAAGUCGUAAAUAAAUAGCCUCUACUUUUAAAGUAUAUAAGCUUCCGGAGACAUAUUGUCAAAUGUAUUAUAAAUAUAUAUCGUAGGAAACAUUUUACAGACGCACUAGGUUGGAAUGUUAAAUUUUUCAGAUCAAGCUCUUUUCUUAUAGAAAAAGACCGGUCGAACAAUUCUUGUAUUAUCAACAAUAGAAAGCAAGCUUAAAAUAUUCUAACCUAUGAUCCAAGAUAGUGCCCAAUCGUUUAUGUAUUAGCUACUAUUAGGAAGUGUCAUUUAAACUUGACAAUUGUUAAAGUGAAUGUUCAGUUUUAGAAUUCUUAAUCUUAGUGUCGUCUAACAGCUAUUUUAAAGUUUGCAUCUGCCUCUGACAUUGGAUCCACAUUUAUUCUAUUUACACCAUUCAAUUAUAAUCGUGCGUAUUGAAUGAUAAUAUGGUAUUCCACAGAACGGUUACUUAAUAUCAUUUUUUAACACAAUUUUGUCAAGAGAGAGCUUCUUUGAAUAGUAUAUUGAGUAUCCUGUAUCUAAAAUUCUAGGAUAGACUUAGAUUUGAAUUUUGUAUUGAAUGCUCAAUUUUGUCGAGGUGAAAGGAGUGUAAAUAUGAGUUCUCAGCAAAGUCCAGCAGCUUUGCAAGUCACUGCUGAUCGUGAGAAGGUUUAUACAUGGAUAAUCGAAUUGUCAAAUCCAGAGACUAGGGAAAAUGCUCUCUUGGAGCUUAGUAAAAAACGUGAGGUAGUACCUGAUUUGGCACCCAUGCUUUGGCAUUCGUUUGGCACUGCAGCUUCGUUGCUUCAAGAAAUUAUUAACAUUUAUCCAGCUAUUAAUCCUGCGACACUUACUGCUCAUCAAAGUAAUCGGGUUUGCAAUGCACUGGCUCUAUUGCAAUGUGUUGCGAGUCAUCCUGAAACGAGAUCUGCCUUCUUACAGGCUCACGUUCCACUUUUUCUGUAUCCAUUCUUACACACUGUGAGUAAAACACGUCCUUUCGAGUAUCUGCGUCUAACAAGUUUGGGAGUGAUAGGUGCUCUGGUCAAGACAGAUGAACAAGAGGUCAUUACGUUUCUCUUAACCACAGAGAUCAUUCCUUUAUGCUUAAGGAUCAUGGAGAGUGGUUCGGAGUUGAGUAAAACUGUAGCUACAUUUAUCCUUCAAAAAAUCUUACUGGAUGACAGUGGUCUUUCAUACAUUUGCCAAACCUAUGAUAGAUUCAGUCAUGUUGCCAUGAUUUUGGGAAAAAUGGUUUUAUCAUUGGCAAAGGAUCCAUCAGCGCGAUUACUGAAACACGUUGUUCGUUGUUACUUGAGGCUCUCAGAUAAUCCAAGAGCAUUACUAGCACUGCGUCAAUGCUUACCAGAUCAAUUGAGAGACAAUACAUUUGUCACUUGUCUGCAAGAGGAUAAAUCAACGAAGCACUGGUUAAAUCAACUGUUGAAGAAUCUGGAAACGGGACCUCAACCUGGACCUCCGAAUCAACCGGGUCAACAGGAUCCACGAACGAUUGGCAUGUCACCCCUAACAUCAUAAAUAUUCUUUCACUGUACAGAUACAGAUACAUUCUGCAGCAUCAUGUUGAAAUUAAUAGCCGACAAAAUGCGAUGUCAAUGCUGUUUGUCUAGGUAUUCACUCCGCGGAGAUAAGGCCAAUUUGUGUAGUGAGCGAAUUUAGAAAUUGUCGCCUGUAUUGUUGAAUUUCGUAUGAAUUGAACCACGUACCCAUCUUUUUGAGACUUGAAGUAGGUUUACGUGAUACUUAGAUAGGUCUGCUACCGAUUUAUUAUCAUUGUACAAUAAGCAAUAGAAGGAUCUACUUAAUCUCGGCUCAACCAAGAGACGAAUCUAUGAUCAUCAGAUCGUCGUCGACCAUACCGGAUAUAAUAGCACGUACAUGUAUAACGCAACUAGGAAAGAAUCAAAUCUUUGUGCGAUCUUCAAUUGGUCUUGGAAAUUUUGAUAGUAUAUAUAACAACCUGAUGAAGAUAUCGAAUGAAAACACCAUGAGAUCAACUUAAAUGAUGGAGACUAAUUAUCUUUUAUGUAUGAUAUAAAAUUAAAGAUUAAUGUAAGAUACAUUAGGAUAUGUUGUCAAUGCGGAAAGCACCUGCUGUCAUUUGUACAGAAUUCAAAUACUCUUCCCGUUUUGACAUUUGUGUGUACAUAACUUUAUUUGUUAAAUUCGUUUAUGCGAUUAAUUUCACUGUAGCGUUUCGUCAAACUUUUCCUGAUUUACGUGAAAUAAAAAAAAAAAGAAAAUACAGAAUUAACUUCCAAAGAAAUUGUCAGAAAGAUGGAAGUCUGUAUCAAAAAAGGAAAUCGGGCUAAGGAUACUAGUAGUUUGGAUUGAUAGAUAGAAGUUGACACGUGACUUUUUUAAAAUGUCACUAAUACCGAAGCAAAUAGUAGCAAAGAUAAGUAUAUUUUUCUGGAUCUGCUUGAUCACACACCUUCCUUAAUUGUAAUUUUUGCAUUAGAGAGUACGGUGGAAAAUUUCCUUUCCUACAUUGGCGUAAAAGGGAAGAAGGGAAAAAGCGAAUUGUGAAAUUCAUACUUCUUUGUACAUGCUCUACUUUAGAUAUAGUGAUACUUAUACGCCAAAAAAAAACGAUAUUUUUAACACUAAUUUGUUUCCAUAAGAAAAUAUUAAAAAACGCAUCAUGGACGCAUCAAAGUUUUUCUGAGUAAAGUCCUUUCGACUUAUGAAAGCAGUCGAAUUUUUGUGUCUUUCUAUUAAGUCGUACAACAGGCUUGUUUACCUCGCCUGCACUAGCGAAUAAUGACAUUUUAGAAUUCUGAGGUUCUUACGUCAUCACUUCGUUUACGUGUGUGUUGAUGAAAGAAGUGGAACAGCAAUGACAAAUUAUAACGUGAAAGUGAUCACUGAUCAGUGAUGUCUGUUGAAAAGAAAAAAGGAAAGAAGCAGUAUAUUGUGGAUAGUCCGAGUGUGUGAUAAAGGUGUGUAAUUCGCGGUAGUAUUUUAAA